AUGAUUGAUAACAUUCUCUCCGGUCUUGUGGGCCGUGCCCAAGCCGCGCCAGUGACGUUCCUAGCAUACUUCGUGGCGGCCUCUGCCGUACUAUAUCUCAUCCUCACCGAAAUACAGAGAGCACGAGCCCGUAUUUCUGGCUUCGAAGGACCGUCGGGUUUGCCAGUGAUCGGCAACAUUCAUCAAAUCAGAACCGAUGCAGCAGAACAAUAUCGAUUGUGGUCCAAAAAGUUCGGGCCUGUUUAUCAGAUCAUGCUGGGCAACAUCCCGGUGAUCGUGGUGAACGGCGCUCAGGCUGCCAGAGAGAUCUUCGGGGUGAACUCCCAGGCGCUCGCUUCAAGACCCGAGUUCUACACUUUCCACAAGGUUGUCAGUUCGACGGCAGGAACAACAAUCGGGACCUCACCGUUCAGCGAGAGUUUGAAACGCCGAAGAAAGGGCGCCGCAAGUGCAUUGAACAAACCUAGUGUGGCGACAUACAUUCCUCAUAUCGAUAUUGAGACACGAGAUUUCUUAAGUGAAUUCCUCCACUACGGUGAAGGGGGCCGGAAGCCGGUAGACCCCAUGCCCAUGAUUCAAAGGCUGUCCCUGUCCCUUGCCCUGACCUUGAACUGGGGCACGCGCAUGGCGUCUCAAAACGACGAGCUGUUCGGCGAGAUCACGCACGUGGAGGAGGAAGUGUCCAAGUUCCGAUCCACCACCGGCAAUCUCCAGGACUACAUCCCUAUUCUGCGGCUGAACCCCUUCAAUUUCGGGAGUGCAAAGGCACGAGACAUGCGUCGACGCCGAGACAUUUAUCUAAGGAGAUUGAAUGAGAACCUUGACCACCGUAUGGCAUUGGGCACACACCAACCAUGCAUCCAAGCCAACGUGAUCCAGGACAAGGACGCCAAACUCAAUUCUGAAGAACUCACUUCGAUCUCUUUGACAAUGUUGUCUGGUGGUCUAGACACCCUCACGACCUUGGUCGCGUGGUCAAUGGCGCUACUGGCCCAACACCCAGAUAUCCAGAGGAAAGCUCAGCAGGAGAUCCGAGCCGUGUAUCCUCCCGAGCAGAUCCUUUGUGAUGCCAACGAUGACCAGUCCAUCCCGUAUAUUGUAGCGCUCGUCCGCGAACUGUUGCGCUACUAUACCGUCCUCCGCCUGUCGCUGCCGCGCGCCACAGUGAGAGAUGUCAUGUACAACGGCCAUACCAUCCCCUCAGGGAGCGUCAUCUUCCUCAACGCCUGGGCAUGCAACAUGGAUCCCGAAGUCUGGAGUGACCCGGAGGUGUUCCGUCCUGAGCGCUGGCUUGAAGUCCCUGACGCCCCGCUCUUCACGUACGGUCUGGGUUACCGUAUGUGCGCCGGCAGCCUGCUGGCCAACCGCGAAAUGUAUACCAUCUACUUGCGGUUGCUGUCGGCGUUCGAGAUCCGAGAUGUCGAGGCCGCGGAUGGCGGCGCCGUCAAUACACAUCCCGUCAAGGGCGUGGAGGACCACACCCAGCUUGUCAGUGUGCCUAAGCGAUACAGGGUCAGGCUAGUUCCCAGAGAUGAAGGGUGUUUGAAGAAGGCGUUGGAUGAGUAUGUCGGUGAACAGCAUUAA